AUGUCAGUUAGUGGUGUAUGGAUGUACAACCGGCACAUUUUGCGUGAAAUUUCGGAUAAGGUUUUCUACAAUAUGGUUGCUCCAGUGCCACGAGUAAUCGUUAUUAGACAUGGUCAAACAGAGUGGUCGAAAUCUGGACAGCACACCUCCAUCACUGAUCUUCCAUUGACGGAUUUUGGUGUGAUGCAGAUGCGUAAUACCGGAAAACAGCUUAUUGGAAAUUCACCUUUGCAGCUUAUCUCUCCAGAAAACUUGAAAUAUGUAUUUAUUUCCCCUCGAAAGAGAGCCAAGCAGACGGCAGACCUCUUGUUGGAGGGUUUGGAUGAAGAAACGAGGCAAAAAAUUCAGAUAAUUGAAGAGAACAAUGUUCGAGAGUGGGAAUACGGUGACUACGAGGGCAAAUUGACCAAGGAAAUCGUUCAAUCCAGAAGAGAACGGGGAGUAGACGACCCUUCUCACACAUGGGAUAUCUGGAGCGAUGGCUGCGAAAAUGGCGAAAAUCACCAGCAGGUUGCAGACCGACUCGACAAAGCAAUUGCCAAAAUCAGGGACAUUCAUCGCAAAGCAUUGGACGAGAAGAAACCUUGUGACAUUGUAGUGGUUGCUCAUGGACACAGUCUUCGUUGUUUUGUAGCAAGAUGGGUGGGUCGUCCUCUCAGCUGCAACCCUCAAUUAAUGUUAGAUGCCGGUGGCGUGGGGGUCCUUAGUUACCAGCACCACAACAUCGACGAGCCAGCUAUCUAUCUUGCGGGAGCGUUUGUUGUUCCGGUUGAAGAGGAGGGAAAGAGUUUAUAA